UCUCGAUCUCUUCCUUUUGUCGUUCAUUCUUACAAUCCAUACAACGUAUCCCGACGCUUCAAUCAUGCCUGCGUACCCAAUCUCAAUAACGCUUCCAACACCCAAGGAGCUUGCAAUGAACACUCAAGCCGCACGAGAGAGCACCUGGGGGAUGAAGUAUCCUCCAAAACUUCCAGCGCCGCUACCAGGAUGGAUACGGGUCAAAUUUUACUCGCACCUGUACAAAAUCCGGCACGAGAUGCUUCCAGAUAUGGAGGGCGACGUGAAACUCAAUCCCUCAGGUGCGCUGGAUAUGAGGAGAGUAUGCCAUAUGUGGAAUUUGGAACGGUGCGCUCCCAUCGACCCGAUGCGAUGGAUCCCCGUUGAAACUUCACAUUCACGUUGGCUAUCUCCACUUGCCGUCCGCGUACUCAGCGAACGAAAUAACUGUCUUAUGUUUAUCGAACCAACCCCCCUCUCGCCUUCCACAGCACACAAACGCGAACUCCGCGAAGCCUCGAUCUACCUCCAAACUUCAUUGUCCAUGUUCUCCCGUCUUUCCUUCUCCGUCACUACCGAGUGCCUUGAACGCGGGACAGCCAAAGUCCACCGAAUGUGGAUUUGGUUAGACGAACGCACAAAGUUCCCUAUGUGGAUCGAGUUCGGCAUCAUGGUUUUGACCAUUCCCCUGUUCUGGAUUGCAAAAAAGAUUAGUGGAUCGUUCGUCGGGAAAUACGCUGGGAGACAUUUAGAGAGCGCUCGCACCUCGUGCGAGAAAAGGAUUCAGAAGAUCCAGCGCGCGACGAAAACCCCGUACGCUGCGUGGGUCGAAAAGCAGAUGCAUUGGAUUGUGCUGUGUAUCUGUCUUGGGAUGUUGAUGUUAGGAUCGUUUUUGCUGUUAAAUGCUCUUUUUGGGUGGGACGUGCGGUAUCAAACCAUGGCGCUUGUGCAACAGCCCUAUAUAUGGGCGCGGAGAGCAGCUAAUGGUGUUGUGGGCGCUUCUAGGGCGUCAUCGAGCUUUUGAUGUGAAUUGAAUUGAAGAGAAGAGGAAACGUUAAAUGUAUCAUGCCCAUAUUCCUUUUUUAUGCUCACCUCUAUGCAGUUUCCUAUCGCUAUGCCACAUCUUAUGCUUUUCUUUCUUGUGUACGAUAUGUACUACUAGUAAUGAUGCUGCUUUUGUACCAUACUUACCACCAUGCCAGGUUUUUUUUUCGAAAUUUUACAAGAUG